AUGCGUGUUGACUUUUUCGGAAAGUUGUUUAUCUCCCAGAAAUCCAAUUUAAAUGACAAUGUACUGGCGGGGCACAUCCUCAAUCUCUGCGCCCAGGCAAAGCCAAUCGAGGUCACCGUCAACGCGUCGGUACAAUCCCUUAAAUUAAUAUCGGCUGAUAGCAACGUGAUUGGAAGACUGGACUGGUCGCGAGGCAUUCAGGCCCACAAAGUGGACUCCAUAACCAGCACAUUUGUACUGUACACAGAACCAUCAGAAAAAAAGAAGUCCGAUUGUCUUGUUAUCAGGCUUCUUGAGCCGGAUAGCGAAACCAGACUCUACAGCGAUCUUGCCACCUGGCAGCUGGACAGCGUUCUGCAGACCUACGACAGUAAAAAUGGAGCUUUCCGCAGCAAACAGUGUGUAAAGGAAUGCCGAAAAGGAAAGAGUAUUUGUGAAACAAUUUCAGAAAACGCGCCCAUCAGUGAACGUCACCUUGGGGAGAAACGGACCAACAAACAACUGCCAGUUGUAGGAAGCAACAAGAGUUCCGGUUCUGAGGACACGAAAUCGGACGCCCUGAGUAUGAUGAAUAUGCACCUUCCAUCGAUUAAAAAGAGUUCCUAUCGGCUGCCCCGAAUGGUCGUUCUGCGAGGCGACUUUGACGAGAACUACAUCAAACGUGAUUGUCACUCACUCACGCAACUGAAAAUGAAGAGCGGCUUCGUUAGUUGUGCCCUGCACUGUUUUCUCAAGAAUGACUUCUGUCCGCUGUUCAACCCCAGCGCGCCAAAGCGAAUACUACGCAAUGUCAGAGCUAAUCCCCUCCCAAAGCGUAUAAUUCUGGCCUACUCUUCAGAAGGACUGAAAAUAAUCAAUGAUGCCAUGGCCGCCUUUCCCGCUUCCGUGAUAGAAGGCUACUACUUAAUCGAGGACCCCCGAAGAGUGCUUGCAGUCUGCCUAGCGAGAUCUGACACCAAUCAACAGGGAUACCUUGUUCUGGGAAAGUCACAAGCAAACAGUAAUCACAGCAAGAAUGAUUUCAUUGUGUGGGAUGAGGAGGAGAAGCAGGAGGAGGGCGAUCGAGUUAGGGAACAUUUCGAAAGAAUUCGAGAGAAGAAAGAACAAGCGGAUGGCAGUUACACGAAGCCUUACCCUCGAAAGGUGGUCCGACCCUAUUCGCAGAGACUUUUUAAAAGAUUUCUAGAACGCCAGCAGUCUUCGGCAGCCCCCUGCAUCAACCUCUGUAAUUUCAUGCGAAGCAAAAACUCAGUGAACCAUGGGCCCUUUCUGGUUGUUAAACGUGAUCUCUACUCGCGGUCGCUUAUGCACACUCACGAAUUCGUUGACUGCUAUCCAGGUCCGGAUACCAUCUUGGAUAAUGCUUGA